CCACCAAAACUCACACUUUUAUAUUCAAGUUCUCUCUCUCCAAAGGCCAAUAGUUCUCUUUGUUGUCCUGCAAGAAGCCAAGAACAACAACUGGUCUUUCAUUCCCUGAGCCACCUGAGGUCUUGAAGCGCCUUUGUUUUAAGCACUUGGUAGAAAUUUGACCUUGAAAACGUGGUCGCUGCGUAUCACAGUUAUGACUUGUUUAGCCUUCUUACUUGGUAGAAAGGACUCAUCAAGAAAAUUUGGUUUUAAUGUUGAUGAUGAGCUUUCUGGCAUUCAUGAUGUUAAACUAUACACGUACAAAGAGUUGAAAAUGGCGACAGAAGAUUUUGAUCUAGCCAACAAAAUUGGCGAAGGUGGUUUUGGUUCUGUCUAUAAGGGACGACUUAAAGAUGGAAAUUUUGCUGCUAUAAAAGUUCUUUCAGCUGAAUCAAAACAAGGGGUGAAGGAGUUUUUGACCGAGAUAGAUGUGAUCUCAAAAAUAGGGCAUCCAAAUCUAGUUAAGCUCUAUGGCUGUUGUAUAGAAGGAGACCAGAGAAUCUUGGUCUACAACUACCUGGAGAAUAAUAGUCUUGCACAAACUCUUCUUGGUGGAGGUUACAGUAAUAUUCAGUUUAAUUGGCGAACACGGCGUGGGAUAGCUAUCGGAAUUGCAUGUGGGCUUGCCUUCCUUCAUGAGGAUGUACGUCCACAUAUUAUUCACAGAGAUAUCAAAGCAAGCAAUAUUCUCCUUGAUAAAGACCUAAUGCCUAAAAUUUCAGAUUUUGGCCUUGCAAAACUUAUCCCAGCCAACGUGACUCAUGUUAGCACACGUGUGGCAGGAACAAUAGGCUAUCUGGCACCAGAAUACGCAAUACGAGGGCAAUUGACGAGGAGAGCAGAUGUUUAUAGUUUUGGGGUCCUCCUAGUGGAAAUAGUCAGUGGGAGAUGCAAUACUAAUUCACUACUACCCAUUGAGGAACAGUAUCUGCUUGAAAGGACAUGGCAUCUCUAUGAACGCAGGGAGCUGGUUGGUCUGGUAGACACAGCAUUGAACGGAGAUUUUGAUGCUGAGGAGGCUUGUAGAUUCUUAAAGAUUGGUCUUCUCUGCACACAAGACACUCCAAAGCUGAGACCAUCCAUGUCAACUGUGGUAAAGAUGCUUAAAGGCCAGAAGGAAGUCGACGAUACUAAGAUAACAAAGCCAGGCUUGAUAUCUGAUUUCAUGGAUCUCAAAAUACGAGGCCAACCGAAUAGUAAGAAGCCUAGCACAAAGACCUCUACUUCGUCCUACAAUGGGUCCUCCGGUUCAGACAACCUGGACAAUUCAAACCUGACGUCACAAACCUCAGCUGCCGCUACUUCCACCUUCAUCUCAAACUUGUCCUUUGAAACCACAGCUCCAGCUUCUCCAACCUUCAGCUUCAAAACCUUGUGAAAUGAGCUAUUACAAGUUACAGAAUGUGUAGAUUUGAUUUAUUCUUAUCAUAUAGGAUUAUAGGGUUUUGCGGCUUCGUCUUGUAAAUUAUGAUCUGCUUAUUUUUUGUCACACCACCUUUCUGGCUGGACUGCUGGAGGUACUCCAAUGUAAAUGUAUACUUGAAAAUUUAAAAGAUUUUUCCUGGGUUCAAUGUCUUUCCGGCACUACAGUAGUACAGACUACAGAC